AAGAAGGAAAAUUUGCUCAGCUCACGCCAUUGCCAUCCAAAGCGAGGACGAAAACUUUCUGAAACUUUUGUUCUUUACAGUAGUUCUGGACGUAUUCAACUACCAGGGAGAAUUUUCGUCUCGUAAUCGGAACGUGUCCAUUUUGAUGUAACGGGGAAUUACGCGGCGGCGAACUUUAUCUGUUUUAAUUGUUUCAUCAAAUCCUACGGAAAUCAAGGGACACCGAGUUUAUGACAUUUUUCUUUUAAAGAGUUCUGUCUGACGAGAGGUCAGAAUGUUGGGAAAUACUGGGAUAUAUGCUGCCAAGAAACGAAAGAAGCCUGUUCAGAAAAUCCCCAAACCACCCCCUCCUGAGGGUGCCAAGUCCAACCCCUCCAAGCGCCACAGGGAUCGGCUGAAUGGAGAACUGGACAAGCUCACCAACCUGCUGCCCUUCUCCGAAGAUGUCCGAGCACGGCUAGACAAGCUGUCUGUGCUCAGGCUUAGCGUCGGGUACCUGAAGGUCAAGAGCUUCUUCAAUGCUACCAUGAAGAAGAACUACUCUGGCUGGCCAGCAGGGGGAUUUGGGGGGAACGGACAGGUGGCCAGCAGCAUGGAUGGGGUCAGCUUCUCAGAGGGAGAUCUGCUACUCCAGGCUCUGAAUGGCUUUGUAAUGGUGGUCGCAGCAGAGGGCUAUGUGUUCUACGCCUCUCCAACCAUCCAGGACUACCUGGGUUUCCAUCAGUCUGAUGUGGUCCAUCAGAGUGUGUUUGAGCUCAUUCACACAGAUGACCGUGCCAUGUUCAGACGCCAGCUCCACUUCGCCCUCAACCCUACACAGAACGAUGGAUGCGAGGGGAUAGAUGGUAUGCAAAGCAGUAGUGAGAUCACCACCAAUAUUGUGAACUACAACCCCCAGCACAUCCCUCCCGAAAACUCCUCCUUCCUGGAGAGGAGCUUCUGCUGCAGAUUCCGUUGCCUUUUGGACAACUCCUCUGGAUUUCUGGCUUUGAAUUUUCAGGGUCGACUGAAGUACCUUCAUGGACAAAACAAAAUGGCAGACGACGGGACCAUGGCCCAUCCACAGCUGGCUCUGUUUGUCAUCGCCACACCCCUCCAGCCCCCAUCUAUCCUGGAGAUCAGGAGCAAGACUCUCAUCUUUCAGACCAAACACAAGCUGGACUUCACACCAAUGGGGGUUGACACAAGAGGGAAAGUGGUUUUGGGUUACACUGAAACUGAGCUGUGUAUGAGAGGCUCAGGUUACCAGUUCAUCCAUGCUGCUGAUAUGAUGUACUGCGCAGACAACCAUGUCAGAAUGAUGAAGACUGGUGAGAGUGGAUUCACAGUCUUCAGACUCCUGGCUAAAGGAGGAACUUGGAUCUGGGUCCAGGCCAAUGCCAGGCUUGUAUAUAAGGGAGGAAGACCAGAUUUCAUUGUGGCUCGACAGAGACCAUUGACGAAUGAAGAAGGAGAGGAGCAUCUGCACCAAAGAAAGUUGCAACUGCCCUUUAACUUCACUACAGGAGAAGCUGUCCUAUAUGAGACCAGCCCAUCUCUGGACGUCGCUAACAUGUCUAGCCAGAGCAAAGGCCCCAAAAUGAGGAAACUCCAGGAGUCACCUGCCUUGGAUCCAAACUCUCUACUUGGUUCCUUGCUGAAGCAGGACCACUCCGUCUAUGAACAACCCAGCGACCCAAACUCCCAGUUCUCCCUGGACCAGGCCUUCAGAGAUAGCCAUGCCCUGCUAAAUGUACCCGGGAACACCUGGCAGCCACAAUCCCCAACUCCUAUAGUCAAAGAGGAAGCAACCGUGAAGGAUAUGAUGGAGACACUGCAGCAGAUUAUUGGGGACAGCAGCCUAUGCAGCAGUUUGCAAGAACUGGAUGUAGGCAAUCAGGAGUUGAAGGACUGGGAAAACACCCUGCUCAAGAUGAACCUGAACAGCGCCGAGAUGUCUGUAGAGCUCAAUGACAUCCUGGCCAGUGACAUCUUCUCUUAUGUGGAGCAGGAAUUAUUCAAGGAUAAUGAUGUGCAUAUUCCAGAGCAGAUUGGAUGUUUGGCUUCAAUUGGAAAUCAGGGUCCUUUUGUAGAGAUCCCAGAGUGCCUACCUGACCUUGAAACACCUAAUGGUUUGAUAACAGACAAUCGCAGUUUUAACUGCCAAGCAGCAAUACUCAGUGGUGACUUCAUUGGCAUUGGCUGUCAGGAGCCUGUGGAGAUGGGCAACCAAGUGCGAGGCACAGUGAAACUCACCCACAUGGAUCCCCAGAUUCCCAUAAGUCAGCAGGCACCAUCUAAUGAUGUGUUUGUUCAGUCCCUGGGGCUCCCUGAGCUCUCUGGCCAGAAGACACUGAGUCACAACAACCUGAUGGCUUUUGACUCCUCACUACCUGGACAGUGUGGUCAUCCGCCAACCCAAGCCAGGCUUGGGUUGCAGCCACAGCAAAACAUACCAAGUACAGCCCAACAGAAUGGUUUUGGAUCCUGUGGCCAGAGAAUAGUCCAGUCUGGGCCCCAGAUGCAUCUCAACCAAAUGGCUCUGCCUGUACAGAAUCCACCUCUACAAGGUGUAUCUUCUGUACAAUCCCAGCCAGUGGCAUACUCCAACUCAAAUUCAUUAAACCAAACAGUAACUCAAGAUAGCCAGUGGGUACCUCAAGUCCCAAAUGCCAACCUUGCAAACACCUUGUGUACCCAAAAUAUUUCAGCACCACAAGAAGUCACGUUAAACCCUUCAUCUGCCUCCUGCCUGCAAGGACAGUUUCCCCUUCACACUCAAAAUUCAUCCAAUCAGAGGCUCCAAACAUGGCAGCAAUCCCAGCCUCCUCCUUCUCAGCAACUCCCCAGUGCACUUCCAAAUGGACUCCAGCAUGUGUCUGGACAUUACAGUCAGAGCACAGAUUUCCAAAGAGAUUCCGUAACUCGGCUUUUGCCUCAGCAAAACAUGCGUGGCUAUGGGCCAACAAAACCAUCCAAUGCAGUCUACAACCCACAUACAGACCUAACCAAUGUACCCCCUCACCUCUCUACCAACAGCUGUAUGUUUGAGAGCCCUCCAUUGGCACCCAUUAAUGGGGUCCAUUUCGCCCCCACAGGACAAGGGUCCAUGAAUUCAUCAUGCCAAAAGAUGAAGACACUGGUCACCCAAAGUCCACACCAAGCAUCUUGCUACUUCCAAAGGAACCCCAAUGAACCCAUUGUGGGCACCUCAACCAUUGCGCAGGAUGACACUAGCAUCACCCCACUGGCCUGUCAGGUCACACUGAGCUUAAGCCCUGACACCGUGCUUGCUCAGCAGCAGUUCCUUGACUGCAAUGGACAGACACAGAUCACAAACCGUCCCUUGGAGGAAAAUGGAUCUCUAAACUUUCCUGUUCUGGCAAAUGGAACCACAUAUUUUCCAGAGAGCGCACAAAACGGCUGUUGUGAAAUCUAAAGACAGAAGCACCUCUUGCUAUCUGAAGUUGAUUGAUAUGCCAUGAAAAUGAUGAGCUGCACUGGUCUCUAUACUGAAAAAACACACACAGAUGUGCCCAGGUUCAACGGGAGACCCAUAAACCCACCCUGCAGUCAAGGUGGUCAUCCCCCUUAAGUUUUCAUAUUGCUGCAGCUCAAAACAUACAGGAAUUCGUGGAGUCUGUAGUGCCUUGUCAGACAUUUCCAUGUGAAAAGGUAGCGCUUCUGUGAAAACACUUCCACUGGAACUCUGCCUGACUGCUUUGCCUUGGUUCAGUCCUAACUCGCUCGCCUUGUUUCAAGAGAGAAAUCAAGAAGUCACAGAAAGGAACUUCAGUGUUUUUGUUUGUUUUGGGGUUUUUUUGUCAUUUUUAUGAAGUUCUUUCAUCCUUGCUUGCUUCUUGUUUGUUCAUUGUCAUUGUGAGACUUUGGAUUGGACUAAUGUGUGAACGUGUUGGUUGUUGAGUUUGCUGGCGUCGAGCUCGGUAAUGAAGUAUGCUGUGGAAGGUGUGAAAUGCUUUUUUUUUUUUUUCAUAUAGAGAAUGGAGAAUUCUGGGAAAUCCACUUACUGAGGACACUAGUGGCUAUUUAUUCAAAACACCUCAACUCAAAAAGGGAAAGAGAUCUCUCUCUGUAGAGUGUAUUACGUCUUGAUCGAUUCCCUGUCAGUCAACUACCUAUGCACUUAAGGUGAAUAUUCCCACCUGCAAAUCUAAGUACAGUGUAUUGUACACCCUAUGACAUAACACAUUAUGUCACAAAAUGUUUGGUUCUGGGUAUAACCUACUGAGUGCACUUUUCUGAGUGUGUAUUCACAGUGUGCUGCAUAAACUACUAGUUUCCCGCUUCAGUUUCUAGAGCUGGGUGGAGCCAUGAAAUCAUCAUGGCAACCAUCACCUGACUGACUAACAGUCAAUUUAUUCAGAAAGGCCCUCUCAAAAAAACAGACUCUGCUUGAGACCUGAAGCUUGUCCUCCUUAAGACUGUGUGAUGCGAUGGAAAAACUAUUGACCAAUGAGCUGAAGAUUUUGCUUAAGACACACUGAAUCACACUGAUGUCAGUAAGACACAUGUCUGGUGCUAUAAACCCAGAAAACUUGGUAGUCACCAGCUAACCAAAUGGAUUUCCCCCCCAGGGCUCACACUGUAUUGUCCUUAUGAGCUCACAUUCAAAUCAAGUAAUUUUUUUGGUGGUGAAUCUGAGCAUCAAAAACAUAUGAGCAGUCUGUUAAAAUCAGUGCUCUACAGAGUACAUUUGCCCUUCACUACCCAUCCUCCCUUCUUUGGGCUCCUGUAAUGUCUUUUUGAUCCAAAAUGUGUUUUCAUUUUAAUAUAUCAUAUUAUAACCUAUGUUAUUCAGAAUGUUAUGAUAAAGGAUAGCAUUUAUUCAUCCAGCUUUGUUUUUGUUAAUUGUUGUUGUUUUGUUUUUAAAAAUGCAUCUUUUAUAUUUUUAUAACCAUUUAAUCAAAUUU